UAGCCAAUGCACUAACCGUUAACCCAUUUAACUUAAUUUUUGGGUUAGUUUAAAAGAACUAUAUUGUUCCGCUGGAGGACGACAUGUAAAUAAUAUGCUAGUUUAGGUUAAUAGUUUUUAAUGCAACAUAAAAUAUUUAAGGAACUAUUGCCUGCUGGCGUACUCUAAAAGUAAACGUAGAUAUAAUGGAACGAUUUACCUUGAGCCCGGUUUUGCAGGAUGCUCUCCACACGUUUCACUGUCAUCUCCAGCACUUCGGCAUUCUCCAUCUUUGAUUGUAACUGCAGCGGGUGACAAAAAAAAGCGUAAGAACAAGCGCUACCAACACAAGCUAGCUAAACCAAGACACCAAUUUAGUUCAUUUUGAAGAACAGCACUACAUAAGGCAAGGGCCUACAAAUGCAUGCAUAGUAUCUUACGUCUGCAUCCGCCACGAGAACUCUGAGUUCUUGUAAACUUUCAUUGAUGCGAGCCCUUCUUUUCUUCUCGACCAGAGGUUUCCUCAUCUGCCAACCAUUUGAUUCCACUGCAGUUAUCACCUCUGUCCGUUCCGUUUGUGUUGUUACUGAUGGGGGCCAUGUUGUUAAAGUUUAACCCAGGCGCUGCCAGAAACCCACUGGACUGGAGGUUGUUGUGUAAUCCAAAGAGCCGUUACAGUUUGUCAAUGGGACAGAUGGUCGGGCGAUCCCAGCGGCCAACAAAGCUUGCAGAGAGACUGGGCUCCUUAAUGCUGCUCUGAGGGGGCAUGUACUAGCGGCGAGGCGGCUUUUCCUUCAGACCCACACUGUGCUCGUUCGUCAGAGAAGACGCUCUACUGAGGUCACUGAGCCCCGGGGGCGAGACUGGUCCGCCACUAUAUAAUCUUCCCUGCUCGGUGGAAGAAACCAGCGCACCAAAUCAGCAACGAGAUAAAGCAAACAUACACUGAACAAGCAAACAUGGUGAAGAUCACUUUCCAGACAGUUUCGGCGCAGAAACCCGAAAAAGAAAUCGAUGGAGACAAGAUCAUUAUACCUCAGGCUCACGAGCAGCAGGUUCUUCCUGUCAGGCCCAAGAAGCCUUUUCCAACCGGCCUCUGCUGCCUCACCUUUGGCCUGGUGGUCUUCAUGUCAGGACUGGUGCUGGCCUCUAUCUACGUCUAUCGCUACUACUUUAUACCUCAGCAGAUCCCAGAAGACAGCUUGUUCCACUGCCGGGUAGUCUACGAGGACUCUGUGUACGCUCCUCUGAGGGGCCGGCAAGAACUCGAGGAGAAUGUUGGCAUCUACCUUGACGACAACUACGAGCAGAUCAGUGUACCUGUGCCACACUUUGGAGGCAGUGACCCCGCUGAUAUCAUCCACGACUUUCAGAGGGGCCUCACAGCUUAUCAUGACAUUGCUUUGGACAAAUGCUACAUCACUGAGCUGAACACAACCUUGGUGAUGCCUCCACGGAACCUGUGGGAGUUGCUCGUCAAUGUCAAGAGAGGGACGUACCUUCCACAGACUUACAUCAUCCAGGAGGAGAUGAUGGUGACAGGGAGGGUGAGGAACAUGAGGCAGCUGGGCCCCUUCAUCCACAGACUCUGCUACGGCAAAGAAACCUACCGCCUCAGACGCCGCAACCAGCACAGGCGUAUUGAGAGGCGUGAGACAAAGAGGUGCCACAGCAUUCGUCACUUCGAGAACACUUUUGUGGUUGAGACCGUCAUCUGCGACAGGGUCUGAAUCUGAGGCGGAAAUCACAGCCAUCCAACUCUGAAGCCAGUUUCAAACCAUACCUCUUGAAUUCUUUAGGCUUUUAAUUGCACUUUAAGAGCAAGUAUCUGUCCCAACAGUUUUGUUUGUUUUUUUUAAGUUGAAAAUGCUCUAUUAUUGUUCAUGUACAAUGUUAAUGUCUUUUUUAUUCAGACAGUCUGUGUAUGUGGAUGAUGUUAUAAGUGUGUUUUGGAUAUAUCUGUACCAUGUCACGCUGUGAAUAAGAUGUUAAUGUGUGUCAGUUUGUGACAUUUACAUCAGAAGGCUUGAUUUAAUUUCAUUUUACACUUCAUGUCAUUAUUUGUAUUUAUUAUUUAGUAACCCAGUGCACUGUGGGUGAUGGUAAGCAUACUUAAAAACUGCUUGCAUGGUACACUUAUGUUGUAAUUCAUUUCUUGUUCUUUUAUUUUGUUUGAAUGUAGGAAAAUGGCGAAACAUACCUCAUGUAGUUUAGACGUUUCUUUGCUGGUUUGUAUCAUUAAUGAUUGGUGUAUAUAACUGAUUGUUCCUAAGCAAUAUAUACUGUAAAUUGAUUUACAUAUUGUUACAUGCAUAGAUUUUUAUCUAAAAUCAACUUGUUUUUGUGAAUGAUUUCUUUACGGUUUGUCUCUUUAUUUACUUUGGAAUCACACUUUCCUACUCCCUGGAUAUAAUGGCUUUAGACUGUAAUUAGUAGCAGUGCUUUAGAGGGACAGAAAGAACCAAAGUCUGCAGUCAGCAAUGCUAUGCUUAGUGUUAAUGAUGUAUGAAAUAUUUAGAAAGAAUGUUUUUUAGUUUAGAUCACCUUCUGGAGAUGAUAUCAAAGGCUAAAACUCAUUUUGUCUUGCUCUUCCUCCUCUUCACUUGGAUUCUGUUUUAGCUCUCGCCAGUUCCCAAUCCUUCCUAUCUUGGCAUUAUAAUCUGUACAAUGUUAAUUUGUCCCAAUUUGAAAAAGAUUUGGGGUGUCUUUCUAAUGUACAACCUGGAGCAAAUAAGUCUCUGUUGAGAGAGACCUGUGAUACGUGCGCAUAUUUCCCCAUCCUGGUUACCUUAUUUCGUUGUACAGUCGAUUUUUCUUGUAAUAUCUUGCUGCUUUAAGAAUAAAUGAUAAAUUAAC